AUGUCAACCUCAUCAGCUCCGCUGUUGGAUCCUUUACAGCAACAACAGCCGCCGCCCACGGAGAUGGCACAGCAAGCCUACACCGGGCAUUCGGGUCACGGGUCGGUGGGGCCCGUCAUCGGAGUUCUUGCGGUCAUAACCAUACUGGGAGCUAUAGCUGUGAUGAUUGGGCGGCUGUGUUCGGGUCGGGGAAUACGGGGCCACGCCCAGUACGAUUUUGAAAGCUGGGUUGAGACUAAAUGCGCUUCUUGCAUUGAUGGGCGGGUGGAGCACCACCCUCCUCGCCGAGUGGUGGUGGAGCAUACUACUGUCUCAGAGAGGACUGAGGCGGCGGCGCCGGAAGAGGUAGCUACGGGGAAUCACCAGCAACAACAGGAGCAGCAGAGAUGA